CCCGCGUUGCACGCUUUCUCAUCGCGACUUUCAAUUCAAUUGCUGCAAAGCCAGCUUUCCAACACCACCGCAGCGCGGCUUCCCCACCGCCAUCGCGGCUUGCAACCUUACAACAGCAACUAUACAAAAAUACACGACAACCUCACAACCCCCCACAAUGCGCCUCCACCACCUCCUCCCCACCACCCUCCUCGCCCUCGCCGCCGCCGACUCCAUCGCCCUGUCCAGCUUCAACCCGCGCAUCGCCUCCCUGCCCCCCGCCUGCGACAAAGUCUACAACGCCCCCAUCGCCGGCUGCGUCUCGCACGACUUCCAGUCCACCUGCAGCUCCGCCUGCAUCGCCGGCCUGGUCGCCAUCUCCAAAGCCGUCGCCGCGAGCUGUGGGGACGCGGAUGUCGCGGAAACGAGCAUAAUCGGGGUUUUCUUGCUCGGCCAGGGCAUUCCCGCGCUGUGUAGUAACACGGUCGUCACGACAGUGGGGACGAGCGAGCCGCCGGCCGCGCAGACGAGUUCGAGUAGCGCGGCACAGACGAGUUCGAGUAGGACGAGCGAGACCAGUAGUAGUCAAGCGGAGAGUUCGAGCGCGGGGAUUAUCGUGGACCCGUCGGCGACGCCCGCGAAACCGUCGUCGACGCUCUCCACCGCUGUGGUUAGCAGUUCCGCGUCUUCGGCCGCGGCGUCGUCGGCAGCGGUGACGUCUGCACCCGCUGUGGCGGCGAGCUCGACGGCGAGCUUCGGGCUGAGCUCAACGUCCACAUCUACUUCUACCGCCGAAGCACCCAAGAAGUCGGGGAAGUCGCAGCUGAGCAAUUCGUCCUCGGGGGGUGGGAGUCCGUUUGAUGUGCAAGCGACAGGCGAGGCGGCGCGGCGUACACCGAGGGGGGUGUUAGCCCUUGUUGGGCUACUAGGAUUUGUGCUCAUGGUGCGGUGACCUCGGGACCUGGGCUAUAUUUC